AUGGCUCCCGGCGACCCGACUUUGUAUAACCCUCACUGGGCCGUCAUUGGCGGAAGGCUGGCAGAGGUCAAGAAAGAUUGCCCGUGGUUAGCAUGUGGGCGCGACUCUCCCCCACUUCCUGUGGCCGUCCAAGGAUGGACGCAUCAAGAAGCAGUGGACAUUAUGUGUUUUCUCAAAAGUGUCAUCAGGCCGCUUGGCCCAACACCGAGCACGCGCCAACUUCUCGACGUGAUUUGCAAGGAUGCUUCUAUCCGGCAGCUUUUGACAUAUCGAAAACCCUUCUAUGCAGUUGCAGUAGGGACACGGGUGGGUGUGUUUGUGAAGCAGGAGGAGGCACUUGAACAAAUGAACGGCAUGCGCUUUCCCAAUGGUGUCAUGACCUCAACCUUUCGCGAUGCACUGCUGUACAUAGUAGCAAAGGGAAUUGAGUCGCUCCUGCCUGACGAUUUUGUCGGAGAUAAGAUAACCACAGUAGAUGCAAUAUCCCAUGAGAUCGGAACUCUCACUAUCACAGAACCAUCGAGCUCGCAGGCCCAGCCCAUCCUCUCCAUCCCAAGGACCAAAACUGCGGCCACGCCUUCCACACCAUCACGGCGAGCUGUACCUGCCCAUAUGGAGCCCCGAUCCCCACAUUUGGCGACACCUUCUUCACCAAGAGUUAUCUACGAUCCCGCUCCGAUCGCGUACACACAUAUUCGGAAUCUUCAAGGCAUCAUUGGGACCUCGAAUCAGGUACUACCUGACGAUCUAGAAACCGCUGAGCUGCGGGCUUCCCUUGGAGUGUACACCGACUACACGAUUCGCUCCCUUGGCUUCGAUAAGGAUUCCGUCAAGAUCAUCUGUGAUAUCGUCGACGAGAUGGAGGUUGCCAACCAGCUUUUCCGUGGUCACGAUGCCUACUUACCAGGUGAGGCAUGGCCGAGAGUUGAUGUCCAGGAAUUUGAGAGUGCACGUACCUUUGCAUUGCGGCUUUCAGCAUAUGGGCUUCCUAUCAGCGAAGGUCAAUUCUUGUAUUACAUGAUUUCACUCGGAAAAUCUACACCUAUUUAG